AUGUCUUCUUGCGACAAUGUUUUCCACCUCGACGUCGACUACUAUAGCUUCUACGAUGGCUGCUACGAGGUCAGCACUACCACUACCAUCAACGGGGAGUACGCCUACUUCUUGAACGGAAUUGAGGAGGUGGACUCGUAUGUGGAAGAGCACAUCGACGGUGAAUAA